CUCGCCGCCGCCGCUCAUGGCUUUGUGGCGGCGGACCUGGCUGCACUGGUGGACGAGGCGGCGCUGUGCGCGCUGAGGAGGACGUGGGAGUUGGUUGUGACGGUUACGGCAACCGCCAUAACCGUCUCAACCGCCACAACCGUCUCAACCGCCACUGUUCUUUCCAUUACCCGCAGGACAGCCGAGACACGUGUACGCCCCAGUGCUUUGCGGGAGGUUGCGGUUGAGGUUCCUGCCGUACGAUGGGACGACAUUGGAGGCCUACAUUCCGUGAAGCAGGCGUUACGUGAGGCGGUGGAGUGGCCGCAUAAGGCCCGGAGCUCCCUGACCCGCCUGGGUACGGCACCCCCCCGAGGUGUACUGCUGUACGGCCCACCCGGCUGCAGUAAAACCCUGCUGGCCCGGGCGGUGGCGAGUGAGGCGGGACUCAACUUCCUGGCGGUCAAGGGAGGGGAGCUGGUCAGCAAGUACGUUGGGGAGAGUGAAAAGGCCGUGGCCGGGUUAUUCGCUCGGGCCCGUGCGACCGCCCCAUCCGUCAUCUUUUUGGACGAGUUGGACGGUCUGGUGGGCUCCAGGGGCGCCCCUGAUGCGGCAGGAGGAGGAGGCGGUGGGGGGGAGGGGGCAGCAGGGGGAGUGAGUGAGAGGUUGCUGAGUCAGCUGCUCAUGGAGAUGGACGGAUUGCGGGAGCGAGGCGACGUGGCGGUCCUGGCCGCCACCAACCGCCCGGACUGCCUGGACCCGGCAUUGCUGCGUCCAGGUCGCUUCGACCGCCUCAUCUACGUGCCAAUACCGGACAGAGACGCGAGGUUGGAGAUCCUGCGCGUCCAACUCCGUCGUUGCCCAGUGGCGGAUGAUGUGGACCUUGAGCUGUUGGCCACCCGUACGGCAGGUUACACUGGCGCUGACCUGGCGGCUGUCGUACAAGAGGCAGGACUAGCUGCGCUGGAGGAGGACCUGGGGACGGAAAUGGUGCGGGGCCCCCCGAGUGGGAAGUAUGGAGUGGGGGUUGAUGUGUGUGUGUAUGUAUGUGUGUGGGGGGGAGGGAUAACUCCCGGGUUGGCGGGUGGCGUGAUGUACUGUGUGUGUAUGCGUGUAUCGUACUGCGUGCCACUUUAUCCAGCUAUAUAA